CAGAUUAAUUCAAUCCGCGACAGAGCGCAGUGUUUUCAACCCUAGAGGAUAGCAGAAUACUUGGUGCGCGUUAUUACGCACAGUUACCAUUUUAUAGUAAUCCAAUUACAGAGUGUAUUUAAUGAGAAUGAAGCAAUGUUUUAGCAACAGUAGUUUCAUGAGUCGCUCGUUUUUGUAAUAUUAUGCAUUGCAUUUUUUUUAAACAAGCUACUGUAAGCUUGUCUGUUGUCAUUAGUGCCUGUCUUUAAGUUAGCAGUCUGAAUCUACGGAUCGAAUGGAUUUGAUCGGCGGGUUUUUUUUUUAGGAGUUUUGCUUCAUGCAUCUGUACUAUGAUUUAAGAUGUCACCGGGCUGAAUAAAAAAGCACAGAUCGUCUUUAAGGGAACUCAUUUACUAUACAUGACCAUGACAAUGAGCGGUGUACACAAUGAAGCAUCUGCCCCGCUCGACCUGAGGACCACAACAAGAGACAUCACAGAUCGGACUACAAGACAAACCAAAACACAAGAUGUAGUAGAUCGGACAGCAAAGAUCGAGGAGGUGGAGUGCACUUCCAGAGGAUCUUCUUCCCUUUCCCCUGCGAUAAAACUGGACAGCAAAGAAUGCAAGGAUAAUAAUGACCAAGUUAUUGUGCCAUCUACGGUAAAGAGUGAGAGGUUGACUGAUAGUGGUGGCAAGUCGCCGGAGACCUCCUCUACCUCAAAACUUCCGAUAAGAAAACGUCCUGUCCGUCCGGACCACAAACCUCUGGAACAGACAGAAAGCAUUGUGGGAGAGCCACCGGCCAAGGUUUUAAAGACAAACUCAAGUCCUAGUCCUGCCAAAGUGCCCAAGUGCAGUAGUGUCCGCAAUGGACUGAACGCGGAGGCGAAUAUACAGCUGGCGCCGGCAACUGCGUCAUUCUAUACAGUCUGUCCAUCUCACCUGAUUACGAGCAUACUUUCUCCGCUUCACCCACCUGAGGAUACUGAUCGCAUGAGCCAUGAGGUAGAUUUGGCGACACGCCAGGAUGAAGAUGGGGACACGGCUCUACACAUUGCUGUGGCACAGGAGAAAGAGGCAGUAGUUCUCUCGCUGAUCCACAUUUUAUAUCAGGCACAAAGAGGCCUGGACUUAUAUAAUAACCUAAGACAGACUCCUCUCCACUUGGCAGUCAUUACACAUCAGCCUAAUGUGGUGCAGGCUCUUCUUCAGGGAGGAGCAGACCCUAGAGCACUGGACCGUAAUGGGCAGACGGCAUUGCAUCUCUGCUGUGAGCACCAACAGGAUGCUUGUCUCCAUGUAAUACUCUCCCACCUUUCCAGAUUACCAUACUGCCCUACGGCUUGCCUGAACAUCAGGAAUUUUGAAGGUUUAACACCCCUCCACCUAGCUGUUCAGGAUGGAAAUAAGAAAAUGGCAAAAAUGUUACUGGACAGUGGAGCUGACAUUAAUGCUGUAGAUAUUAAAAGUGGUCGCAGCCCACUGAUACAUGCGGUGGAGAAGAGCUGUAUGGAGAUGAUCAACUUCCUUGUUGAGAAUGGCUGUAAUGUCAACUCACAAUCAUACAGUGGAAACACAGCUCUUCAUAUCGCUUGUGGCCGUGGAGAGGUGGAGGCUGUCAGAGUCCUUCUGAAAAAUGGAGCUGACAGCAGUCUUAAGAAUUACCACAAUGACACUGCUAUUAUGGUGGCCAAGAACAAGAAGGUAUCUGAUGUUUUACGUGGAAAGCCUACACGAGGCCAUAAUCUAAAAACUCAGAACAGCUUCAAUGGUACCCCAUCUCCAAACACCUUAAGCCUUUCCCCACUGGCCACUCCUAACCCUCACCGCAGUGCAUCUCUCUCUCCAACAGUUGCACACACAUACUCACCACACAGUCAGUCUGGUGAAAGCAGGUCACCAGUGGAAAUUCAGGAAGCAGAAGAUCUACAAAUGACAUCCAGGACAUUUCAUGAUAUGGUAGCAGUUAACAAUACGGACUAUGUGGUGUCUAUUCAUCCUCUUCCAUUUUUUCAACCACCCCAUUAUGAUACAGUCAUGCCCUCUGUUCCUCGGAUACAUUUAAUGCCAGGUCACUCUCAUUACUAUUCAAAUCUACAAACAAGACUCUAUACCACAGACACACCAUACAUCUUCAUUCCAGCCAGGAACGUGCCACCUAUCUCUCAUUGCUCACCAGCCCAGCCCACUGGCACACAGUCACGGCCCUCCAGCCAUAACAGUGAUCAAUCUGACAUAUCAAACUUGAGUGCAAGCACUGGAGAAAAGACAUGAGCUGAGCAUCAGAUGUCUGUUAUUGCACAUGUACUUACUGAGUGUUGAAUAAGGAGUGUGGAUAGAUGUGGCAGGCCCAUCUUAUUUUUUAAAUGUAGCCUAUAAUUUAUGAUCAGGUAGAUUACUGUCUUAACUGCAUAUGAUUUAUCAUGGUUGUAUUUUGAAACAAUAUCAUUCUAUGUGAGAUAAUAAAAAUAUAGUUUCACUGAGAAAUAUAUAUAUAUUUUUUAGAUGUUGUAAACAUAGUCUAUGUGAUAUUACAAAGCACUGAAAACAUCAUUAUUUAUACAUCAUAAAUAUUUAUACAUAGGCUGGGGUCCAAAAUUCUAAGACCACAUUGAAAAUCAGGGAAUUCUUUUUCAUUUAAAAUUAGAAAUAAGGUUUCAAAAUGUCAAAACAUUUAAAGCAAUGAAACUAAAUUGUCAAUAUAUUUAAUAUUAUAUUAUAAUGAAUAUAAUAUAAUACAUUUUGCAUUAUUUCUAGGUCCCUCUUUUUUUUUAAUUUUAAACAAAUAUUGACCAUGUUUAUUGCUUUGAACAAAGGGUAUUUCAAAUGUCUCAUCUCUUCUGUAGAAGUAUAUGCUCAGAUAUCAGUAUGAGGGAUUUGAUCUAAAAUGGAUCCUUAGGUUUUGCACAAACUUCCACGCCAGCUCAAAUGCACAUUAAAGCACAAAGGUAACCUACAAAAUUCAUGUAAAUUCAUGUAAAUAUGCAAAAGGUUAUACUACACUCAUGUUGCUCUGAUGCAGAAAUUAUUAUAUUAAAUACAAAAGCAAAAUAGCAGCAUUUUCUCCAGUGGUCUCAGACUUUUGAACACCUACUGUAUAUUUCAUAUAUUAUAACUGUAAAAUUCACUGAAUGUAUGACAGUUUUAGUAUCACAAGUGGUAUGUCCCCCCCAAGUUUUCAUGUUGUAGUUAUGAAAUGUG